GAAACACGUCUGCUAUGGCGUUUCUAUAGGUUCAUUUCGUGCGAACGAAGUCGUCUGGGGGUGGGGUGUUUUGGCAGCAGUUUGAAAUAAUCCACUUGCAGGAUUCCUGCAGUAAAAAUUAAACGCCUUUCCUGGCAAUGAGGCCCUCCAAGAGAUGCCUUAUGAGAAGCAACCUCAUUUUGUGCGGUACUCCGGCAAAAAAGGUGCCCGAGCCGCCUGAUUCUAAUGACUUCAAGAAGCCACGCAUUUUGAAAGCUUUGGAGGCAGUUAUAGCAGCUGGCAGACGUGGGUUGCUUGGUCCGGCAGCAGCGGCAGCUGUGGAAGCCAUGGACCUGGAAUUUUGCAAUAGCCAAGAAACCCCAAGUUCUUCUCCUCUUGUGGGUGAAGAGGAGGAUGAAGGGAGGGGAAAAGAGAAGGAAGAAGGGAAGAAAAAAAAGGAAGUUGUGAACAAGGAGUCUGUUGUAUCUGUCUUAACUCCCAUAAAGGGUACUGGGAGUGAUCAACCUACAAAAAGGGAAAUUUUGAUAUUUGGAAAUUCUGUGAUUUCACUUUCAUCGGUGAGAUCCAAACGCCGUCAUGGGUUGUUGUUCCCACCUUCAGAUGCAUCUGUGUAUUGGCAAGGCAUCCCUGAUAUCUUGUGGGAUGAUGUAUUAUCCAAGCUGUAUGAAACGUAUUACUACUGCCCUCUUCCAUCUAUUAUAGUAAUACAUGCUGGGGAAACUGAUUUGCUACAGGACACUCGCAGUUCACUUGUUACCAGAAUGCAAAGUGACUUGGGUAUCCUUAAAAGAGCAUUCCCAGAUGUUGUUAUAAUUUGGUCUUCGUUGUUACCAAGACAUUUUUGGAAGGCGUCUGAGAAUCCUGAGGUUCUGGAAUCUGAACGUAAUAAUGUUAACUACAAAAUGGAAGAAUAUUGUCAUAAAACUGGCAUAUGCUAUGUACCACAUACAUUUAUUACUGCUAAAAAUGAAUUGCUGUUCAAUCCUGAUAACAGUCUGUAUAAAUCAGGACUUGAUUGUUUUAUACUUGACCUGAAAGACGCCUUGAAGCCUUAUGUGGUCCAUAAUAAAGUCUGAAAUUAUCUUCCUUGGUGGAGGAUAGGUUUUUCAUUACAUCCCAAGUACACUAAUGUCUUUGCUGUGCUUUUUUGGUUUUGUUUCAGAGAAAUAAUUGGGUUUUACUGUCUUGAUAACAAAAUGUUACAACUUUGUUUAGAGGAGUCAGGCUAAUGUUACCUGUAUAGUGACCAUAGCUUGAGGAUGAUGCUUUCUGUGCAGAAGUCAGAUGCUGGAGAAAGAUGAACUUGCAUGGACAUUUAACAAGCAGUAUUAUGGAAGCCAUCAGCCUGUAUUCAAGGUACUUGUUAUUUGCAGACUUCUACUCUUCAAGAUGAUUCUUUGGCUGUCAUGGGAUUACUACAUUUGACAAAGAAAUGGACUUAACUUUGCCUUUGGACUUUAAUUUGGAAUUUUGUUGUGCAUUUUCUUAGUAAAGCUUAAUCUUUAUAAUAAAAGCUGUGAUUAUUGA